UAUGACGAAGACAUAGUGCUUGCCGAUUCGCUGGACGCGCUAAACAUUUCAUCCCGCAGCAACCUUUCGGAACUGCUGUUCACAAACGGCUGUUUAGCACCGCUCGUUCUCGUAACAUCGAUCGUCACCUUCGCAGCAUCGUUCAUCACAUGUCACGCCCAUGGUAUAGUUUGCCCCUCUGUCAAAUUGCGAUCGCCGACUGUCAUGUUUCCCGCUUGUCGUUCCAACUGCAUGCCGACGGAAGCAACACGCUUGUCCCUUGGAGAGGUCCAUCCGUCACGCGCCAAGUCUGAGGUGACGAAGUCCUCGUUUCCCACCGCCUCCCGACGCCUCUCGAAGAGCAGUCGAGCGAAGCUAUUAAGGGGCGACGAUACAUGAUGGAAGCAUGUUCGCCCUUUUCGCCGCCUCGCUUCUUCUGGGCCCUCUCGCGAUGAGCGCGAGGACGACGUCGUCGCCGGUCGCCCAAGGGGUCGACCCGGACGUCUCGCGUCACCACGGGGGUGACCUCUUCCGGGACUGCGGGGGCUGCGGCCCGGACGCCUCCCAGGCUCCCGGUGGCGACGACAACGACCGCUGCCGGUGCCAGUGCGCACCGUCGCACCACACCUACCGCGAGGACAUACGGACUUGCGUGCGGGACCUGGGCGAGUGCCGGCUCGGAGCCUUCGUGCGGCCCGGCGCGCCGAUGGAGCAGAUACCGCUGGUGUUCCUGCCGCUGGCCGGACAGAUCGUCCACCCCGGGGCCCACCUCAGCCUCACGGGCAUGGCUCCCAUCGACCCGCUAUGGUGCCGAGUCAAUCGGACCCAGUACCUGAGCCCAGCCGGCUGGAUCGAGUUGCGGGCUCCACCGUCCCGAUCGGCCGGAGCCCAGCAGCCGUUCGCGCUCUACCAGGCCAGCAACCGCACUUUCCUCCAGUGGCUGGGAGACGAGCACGAGCGGCGCACGCUUCAGCACAAGCUGCUCCUGCUUCGAGUCCGGUGCGCUGACGAGAGUGGCGCCGUGUUCGAGCCCUGCAUCGCGUUUCGGGCCGGCUGGGCGCCCGGCAUAGCGCCCGUCGAGCGACGCACGACGGACUUCACCGUCGUCGGGCUCUGCCUGGGCGUGCUCGGCCUGGCUUACGUCUUGGCGGUGCUCGUCUACCUGCGGGUCCGCCAGGGCAGCGCCAAGUCGACGUUCCGCAGCUACCUGGACGAACAGCCUGUAAACGGGCCGGGCCAAGACCACCACAACCACCAGCAGCAGCGGCAAGAGCAGCGGCAGGAGCAGCAGCCGUUCCACGCGUACGACACGCCUCGCAGCUCCGGAAGUGAGUCAUCGACCCGUGACGUGUUCUUCAAGCGGUCCGCCAACCUGCAGCAGCAGCAGCAGCAUGGGAGCGCUACCAGUAGUGGCGACGCUGUCCAGCAGGCGGCGCUGUUGCAGCACAUCGAGUCGAGGAGUUCGGUGCGACGCGCCGCGCUGCAGAUGAACCUCGGGCCCGAGCUGCUCGAGCCGGAAAUGCUCGCGUGUCCGCCGCCGCCGGCGCAGGAGUUUCUGACCAAGGUGCGCGAGAUGGUGGGCGCGGCCAGAGCCAGGCUGCGCAACUUCCGGUUCCGGCCCACCCUCGUCGACAUACCGGAAGACGACUACACGAACGUGCACCACCACCGCCACCAGCAGCUGCAGCACAAUCACCACCAGUUCGCCAAGACUUCAGACUGCGGCCACAGCCCUGCCGGCGUCUGCAAUGGCGCCUGCGCAAGCGCCGUUCGGCACAACCCACUGCUGGGGUCGGACUGCCACAGGUUCUUCGAAGUGAACGAGAGCUUUCAAGACUCGCCCCUCGAAGCUUUGGCCCACGUCUCCCCCUACCCUCCGCGGCCGCCUGAGCGCCGACGCAAGAAAGCGUGCGGCAAGGAAGCUCCCCAAGGCCGCUUUGACCUCUUCCGGAAGGACUUGUACGAGAAGCUCCAGAGACUCCAGGAAGGCCGUUUACAACCCUCCGGAGUGCGCUGCGAACCGGACGGUAACUCGGACAGCCCCUCCUACGAGAACGUCCUGCCGGCGCCGUUGCCCAAACGCUCCCACCAGGAGGCGCCACCGAGGCCACCACCGCGACUCUGCUCUUCUCCCGCCGAACUGUCGCGACCCGACGACCUGGAAGGCGACAACGUCUCCUCCACGAGCAUCGAGCUGGACUCGCUCUACUCUCCCUGGGACUCGUUGAACUCGAGGAACUUGUCCAAACUGUCGGUUCCGCCCGACCAGACCCUCCUGGAAGCCCUCGACGAGCCGAUCAUCUUCGACUCCCUUCGGGGCACGCGCCCCACGUACAUCGUGAACUCCGGCCGUGAGAUCAGUCCGGAGAGGAUCGUGUCGAUGUCGGGCUCCUUCAAGCCUCCGCGCUCCGGUCUGUACAUGAGCGUGGAGUCGCUGCAGAACUGCAUCAAGACCGGCACCAGAUUCGCGCCCUGUCGGCGAGGCUUCGACGCGAUGGACGCGCUUCGAAGGGUGACGGCGGGCGACAUCGAGUUCAUGCACGUCUGCAGGGGCCAGCUGAGGAGGCGGGACAGUGUGGGCUGCUCGUCGGUGGCCUCGGACAGUCUGGUUCCGUCGCCGUCCGAUUCGGAGUACGAUCCGGACUACUCGGACCCUUCGCCCCGAACUGAGGCCAGGGUCGCAGCCGUGCGUCGUGCGAGGCGGCGGCUGCGGUCUCGCGCCGAGCGCAGCGGAAAGCAGCCUUUGUCGUCGCCCCCUGACGUCACGAUCAUAGAAGUUGGAGACGCGGCGGGAGACAUUCUUAAUGGGAAAGGAAAUUUUGUGACUCUGAUUGAGCUGGACACGUCUGAGAGUUCUAAUUGACUUUGGCUCGGAGAACAAAAAAAUAAUAAUAAUGAGAAUAGCCCCGCGAUAUGAUCGCUUCCUGCGCUGUCAGUUUGCCGGCCGAAACCGCUAAAUAAGUUUGUUGUGUUGUUUAAAGUCCGCUUACUCAGACAUGGGUAUACAGUUGCAAGGAGCGCUUAUCCUUUAA